AUGACAAUUCUAGAGAAUAAUGUGAUUCCUAUGCACAACAAAUUAUCUCUGACCAAAACUAAAUACAAAACUGGUGACCAACUCAAGAGGAAAUAUUUAUUUGAGGAAGAUUCGGUUCCCACAAAAAAGCAAGCCUUAAACGAUAUGUUAAACGGAUAUAGAGGAGGAGAUCAAAGGAGCAACGGAGAUGCCUUACAAGAAUCUCCAGUUGCUACUUUAUCAAAUAUGGGAAAUACUUGUUUCCUGAAUAGUGUACUGUAUACUCUAAGAUUUGCGCCUACCUUUUUGCAUAAUUUACAUCAUUUGAUAGGCGAUUUAGCUCUAGUCAGUUCAAAAUUAAACCAGAAUAAAGCAAAAACGUCAUCUCUAGGAAGAAAUAUAGGUUCUAUUACAGGGCCUAGCUCACGUAGUACAAGCAGCAAAGAUUUGCUAUCUCUAGGGAGUUCUAAUGACAUUAUUCCAAAAUCAAAAGUGCAAGUGGUUACAGAAAAAUUACAUGAGUUAUUUCUGACCAUGCAUAACCUUGAAAUUAAAGAUUUAGUUGAUCCCUAUCAACCUGUAGCAUUGUUGCAAGCUGAUGCUCAUGAACUCCUUGUAUAUUUACUCGACAACAUUCGAGAGACCUGUGAUGUAUUAACUCAACAAGUUCAGCAAAAUCCUGAACUACUAAACGAAGCUGAAUCUCUACCCACUGUAAAUAGUAGCAAGCUGUGGAAUGUCAGGAAUUCGUGGAAAAAGAGCCUUAAAAAGAAAGACAAGUCAACAAAAGAAGCAAUAUCGGAGGAACAGGCAAAACUAAAAAUAAUAUACCUACUAAGUAAAUGGAACCCAUACCACCGACGCGGAAGACUCAACUUCCAUAGACAGCAGCAACGGUUCGACCAAAAGAAACUCGGAUACAAUUUCGUAGCCGAAGACUUCGAAGGAAUAACGCUUCGGCGUACGAAAUGUCUCGAAUGCGAAAGCGUCACCGAACGCAAAGAACCCUUCUACGACAUACCGGUACCCAUUUCUCUGAAAGACGACGAUUUGGCAGAUAUGAACGUCAACGACAUUUUCCGACGUGCGUGCGUCACCACCGAAAAACUUUGCGACUCGAAUAAAUAUUUGUGCGAAAAGUGUGAACGAUAUAACGAGGCCAGUAGGGAAGUUCUUUUCGAAAAGUUGCCGAAUAUUAUGGUGUUGCAAUUGAAAAGGUUUACCACGUCCACGUCGGGUGUACAGAAAGUUAUCACUUAUCUUCCUACGCCUUUGGCUCUUGAGUGUUUUUGUGAGAGUUGUUGUAAGGUGGAAGAUAACCAAUCCCGCAUCCAUCGGUACAAGCUCUGUUGCGUCAUAAUGCACUUGGGCGGAACUAUGGCGUCUGGUCACUACAUUGCGUACGUGAAGGCUUCCGAUCACCUCGAGGACUACACGGAUUGUACCCGAGACCUGCCCAAAGGAAGUUUAUCGGCGAGCAGCAGCGAAAAGUCCCUCAAUAUAAUCAAGUUUCUCAAACCCCGAACGUUAGGCAGUUCUUUGAUUGAAGGAAAGAACGGCUUGUCUUCGAGGAGCGUCAACGCUAUUAGGACCUGUAAAAGCAUGGAUUGUUGUGGGGUUAAAGUUAAUAAAAAUGUAGUGGAAAACGUUAUCAACAGUUCUUCACGGAAAAUCGGCCAAGAUUACAAAUGGCAUCACAGCAACUCGUCUUCUGAUGACAUGUGGCUAGAAUGCGAUGACGAAAACGUCAGAGCCAUCUCGAGUCAAGAAUUCGUCGAGGAGCUGGCCUACAAACCAAAUUCAACGUCAACGCCGUAUUUGCUGUUUUAUGCCAAAAUCACAGACCAACAUAGUGAAUAAUGGUAUGAUACUAAAUAGUUUGUAGGAACUGUGAAAGCCAAAAGAGGGCAUGGUAUGAAAUACAAAUAGUAAAGUC